ACUUUAUUUAAAUUAAACUUACUUUUAUCUAUGACAUAAAUUUCAAAAUAAUAUCUGACUUUUCCCAAUAGAAUUGAUAAAUAGUUAGAUUAGAUGAUCUCAAUAAUUAAAUAUUUGUUAACAAGAAUUCAUGAAUCAUUAAAUAUUUUUUACUUGAGAGAUUUAAUAACUCUGAUAUUGAUCAAAUUUUUUCUAUAUAUAUAUUCUUCAUUGAGAAUUCUUUAUUUGUCCAUCACAUUUUUAUCUUCUCUCUCAUUUCAUUUUUCGAUCAUUCAUGACUUCUCAAAAUGAUAAAAAUGUUAGGUCAAAUUCUGAUCAAGAGAAUGAGUUUGAACAAGCAAUUAAAAAGCUUGAAGAAAUGUUUAGUAAGAUGCCAGAUUCAGAAGAUCAUGUAAUAGAGAAACUAAGUGGUGAGCUAGAGCUUGACCCUACGCAAAUCAAAAUUUGGUUAGACAACAAAAGAUAUCACAUCCAGGUUUUUAUUUUAAAAUUUUGGCGAUCACUUAAAAAUUAAACUAUUUAUAUAUUUAUAAAGGUCAAAUAUAUCUUUGUAUAUAUCAUUACACGAAUUUCAGGCCCAAAGGGAUAUGGACGAAAAUGAGAUUCUUCGUUUGGAAAAUGAAAGAUUGCAUGCUGAGAGUUUGCAACUAUAUUCUGAGUUGAACAAAAGGAUUUGUGCUAAUUGCAAUAAUGCUGAGCAAGAACAAAAAAUCCUACAAGACUUGCAAAAUGAGAAUACUAGAUUAACGGAAGAGAUUACGAGGAUGUCCAAUAUGGUUGCUCAUUUUGAGGAAGACCCUGAUGACAGCGACAAUGAUCCGAAUGGCAUAGAUUUGGAGCUCCGAUUGGAAUGUAAUGAUGAUCCAAAUGGCCUAGAUUUGGAGCUCGGAUUGGGAUGAUGUUCGAUCUCGUAAUUUUUCAAGAUUGAAUUGGGAUUAUUUGAUGGCUAUUUAAA